CACUGCACACCCGAAAUGUGGAAGAACUUUGUCCAAUACGUCAUUAAAGUAGAAGACAGGUUCUGGAAAGUGCACUUAACUAUCGAUGGUGUGAUGGAUAAUGACAAUCUCCAUGUAAUGACAAUCACCGGGAACACAUCGGAUUCGGAUUCAGACGAUCUAGGAUGUGAAGCCUUAGAAGGGCAACGGCGCCAGGGGCGAUAAGAAGGCCCAACAAUCAUCUGUAGGCACAGCUACAGAAACGAUUACUGUUCUCGACCGGACGGCGCUUGUGGUGGCUACCGUGGUCGGAAAAGUAAAGCGGCGCGUGACUAAGAUUGACAGCGUGGUAGAGCCAAUCGGGCGGACGUGUCGGAGACGAUGGUCGAGUCGUCGAUGCCAACCUGCAGCAGGCCGUAGGCUCCGCGACCGUCUACCGGCCGUGUCCAAGUUGCCGGCCAGAAGGACCCACCGACAACGUUUGUCCAAAUGUGCGUCACGCGGUCACCACUUGCAGCGUUAUGGCUGUAUCCAGUAUCCCUGGUUGAGGGACGAUGACAUCCAAACUUACAUGGAGUUGAUGAACUUGAAGGAUAUGCAGGAUAAACUGGACUCACGUACGAAAAGAACAAGGACGAUUGCUAGAACUUCCGAAAAACACGAUCUGAUUGUCCUGCUUAAAAACCGCCAUCUUCGGUUAAAGAAAACGCAAGACGAAAACACGUCGGCGCAAAGGCUUGAUGGUGGAGCUAGUUUCGCAUAUUGCGUCUUGCAUCACAACCAUCUGUUAAUUGCAAUAUAAAAUAUCAUCAUCAAAUUAGGUGGCAAUAGUCACGGUAACCCGUAUAUCAGAAAUAUCGAAAAUUUCAGACAACAACAACCACCACCACCACCACCACAACAACUAACACCACCAUCACCACCACCACCACAACAACAACAACAGCAAGCUAUGUCUCUUGGGUCGAAUUGUAUAACAACACCAAAAUCAGCUAGUCCAAUGAAAAAUCAACAACCUUUGCCUUUACAUGAUUUACCAUCACAAUCACCUUGUCCCAAUCCAGUGGCUGAAACUUCAAUACCAAAUACUUCGAUUUCUCAAUCGUUUACAAUUCAAGAUUAUCAGAAUAAACAGAUAAAACUUGAAGAUGAAAAAUCAAUUAAUGAGAAGUCUGAAGUAAAAUGGCCAGUCAAACGUAAGAUUUGUAAGAUAGAACGGAAAAAGCGACUGAAUGCUCGAAUGCGUCGCUUAGUAUCACCCAAAAGUCCAUUAAUGGUAUUUUCUGAGUUGUUCAAAGAUGUACCAAUUCACUUACAAGAGCAUCCACUUCAUAAUGUUAUGAGUUAUACUGCUACACUCGAGGUUGAUGGUCAAAUGUAUUCUGGAAAUCAUAUUUCCAAGACUCAAGCCAAACAAAAGGCAUGUGAAAACUUCUUGCGCAUUAUGUUAGCAAAAAAAAUAAGUGAACGAUCUGAAAAAAAAGAAGAAUCCCCGAUGGAAGUUGAGAUGGAAAUUGGAGAAAAUAGUUCAGUAUCAAAACCUAAAGGACCACCACAGGAAGAUUUCCCAUGGCCACAUUUUGCUUCAUUAGCUAUGCAUAACUUAAUAAAUCAAUGGGAACUACAGCCUGUUACAAAAGCUAAUUAUGUACAAGAAGAACCAAAUGUUAUCAAAACACAACCUAAGGCGAAUAAUUAUUAUAAUUUACCAUUUACAAUUUAUUCUAAACUAACAGUAAUUAAUACAAAUUGA